AUGAGUUCGCGCCGGCCCCUCCAACCUACCCCCGCGUUGUCGGCAAACGUGUCGAGCACGCGCUACGCCCGCACCACCACCACGAGCAGCCAGGGCGCAGACGGGCAUGUCGGUAUGGAGGAUCCAGCGCAGGACCACGUGCAAGACUCUGGGUCGGUAGUCUCGGGCCUGACGUCGCUGGAGGGCGACGACGACUUUGAACGGCUCAUGAUCCAGAACGCGCGUGAUGAGCGACGACUGCACGAAGCUCUCCACGGCCGCGCGCAGCCCUUCCGCAAGGCGCGUACGCAUGCGCGCGUCGGCCUGACGAUAGACAACCUCGAGCGCAACGAUGCGCAGAACAGCAGCCACGACCACAUCAACAUCGACCGCAACAUCAACAACAACAACCACAACAACAACAUCAACGACCGCAACAUCAUCAACAACAACAACCACAACAACAACAACAUCAACGACCGCAACAUCAUCAACAACAACAACAUCAACGACCGCAACAUCAUCAACAACAACAACAUCAACGACCGCAACAUCAUCAACAACAACAACCACAACAACAACAACCACAACAACAACCACAAUGUGUCGUACGCCAAUGCGCGCGCUGCGAUCAAGAGCCCGCCCAGCAGCACUGGCUCGACGCACUCAGACCCGGCGAUACACGCGCCUGCCAGCUGGGGCAGGAAGGGCCGGUCAAGUGGGAAGUGGAUGCGGAGCAUUACGCGCGACGAGCAGCCACAGCAGACGCCGGCGCCACCUGACGAGACCAUGAUUGAGCAGCACGACCGCAGUGGAGCCAAUGCGCCACGCCGCUCCGUGGAAGACAGCCCUCUGUCUCACAAGAGCUUCCACCAGAGCACGCCGCCAAACGACCACUCGGGACAGUUGGACCUCACCUUCGACAUGGACGAGUGCUCCAUCAUUGCCUCGACGCCCUACAUUCCGCGCAACACCAAGCUCGACGACAUACUUGAGCGCGAGCACAUGGCUCGCCUGGAUGGGGUACAGGAAACGUCUCCGGAAGAGAAGCAUCGCCUACCGACUCACACGCACGGCACAGGAGACACCGAUGCCCAAUCGCAACAACAGCGCUCCCCUGUUAGGAGGCUGCACAACAGGACAAGCUCGUGGCAACCCCUGAGCAGACCUCAGCCUGAGCUGGGAGAGGAGAACUCGCCGAUUGCAGUCUACAGGAAGAGCGUAGAAACAGUGGGCGCCGUCGAGCGCCAUGUGGUUGCCAAGGCACAGAGACAGUCCGCCAGGCCCGUCAGCAGUCGACGAACAGACUCGCAGCAUCUUCUGCGCCGUCUUGCACGCGCGUCAAACACACCCAGCCCGAAGGCGCCCACCCCAGCAGCGCCCGCCCCGCCCGCCCCGCCCACGCAGCCGCAAACCUCUCAGACCGCCGUCACCGACGCCUCGCAUACUGCGCUAGAACAGAAGGAGGAAGCGGCGAACGAGACGCCUGCACAGGAAACUGCUGCAGCAUCUACCCUUGCCUCGCAGGAACAACCUCGGCGAGAACAUAGGCAGGACACUCCACACGAUGGAACCACGCCAGAUGUGCCUUCAUCAGCACCGACAAGAGAACAGGUCGACGAGACCCCAAUGCCGACAGAGCACACAAUCCUCAACCCCAAGACCCCUGUCGUCAUGGGCGGAUGGAUAGACACACCCGGCCCUCGGACAGCACAUAAACCACUCGAGCUCCCACAUCCGCGAUCGCAGUCACCUGAAAGGGGCAGUCCGCGCAAGUCCCGUUCGCCCACAAGACCAACAGCGCCCACAAGAGAACAGCAGCCAGCGGCAGAAGCACACGAGGCUGUCCAGCCUUCAUUGCCCCGUCCACAGCUUCCUAGCUCAGCCCUCCAUGCCCUUGUACAGGAAGCCAGAGCUAGCCAUGAUUACGGCGAUGACACAAUCCACUCGCUCGAAGACCUUAUCACCCCUCUCAGCGACAACGAGGUAGAAGAGGACACGCUUCAGGGCCUUGUGCUUCCCACUACUGCACCCCGCAACGAAGCAGAGCGCGAGCGCCAGGCCGAGGUUGUGCACCUCCACCGCCUGAACAAGCAUUUACGCGCUACAAGUACAAACAUACGCGACGUCAGUAGAGGCAUGAGGAGAGUGGAGACAAGGAUGGAACACAUCGAAGUCGAAGGGACCGGCGAGAAGAUACCCGUCAUCGUUCGCGAUCACAGCCACGAAUUCUCUCUGUGGACAUGGUUCCGCAGCUUCUUCUGGGACGGGCGUCUCAAGACGCAGCGAGAGGCCAGGAGCGCACCCUUGAAAAUGUGGGGUGGCAUCACUCUUCUGGGCGUCUUGCUAACAGUGUCUUUGAUCUGGUGGGCGAGCGAAGCUGUCGCUUGUGAGAUCUUCUGCCACCCCGAAUACGCCAGUUACUCGCCACAUCCUUUCGCCGUCGACAUGGACGCACCCAAACGUGGCGUUGUAAUUCCUACGCUUGUAUAUCGCGCAUUGUUUAGGAGUUGGUCGACACCGGUUGUAUCACCUAUCUCCUCUCUUCUUUCUUGGGCUUGGGCCUCACUUUGGAGUUUCGUUUCCGGUGCCAGCGUAGCCGGGUUGAGUAGGGCGUCGCAUACCAUGGCUACGAACAGUGCACCCGGGAUGGCCGCGCAUACACAGGCUUCCUGGAAAAUACAAGAAGAGGCUCACGAGGAAGAUCACUGGGAUUGGAGCAUGGCUGAGGACGAGAUCCUGCGUUGA